AUGAGCUUGCCCAGUUUAUUAUAUACACUUAGAUGUUAUUCAUGCGCUAACGAUUUCAUAGUGUGGCAUUGGCGACAUUUUUUCCUAAAACGAAAUUAUGGAUUAACGACGAGUGAUGAAGGAUGCGUUAAACCUGAUUACGAUUCAUACAAUCUUCAAACAUGCGCUACAACAUGUUUCAUUUUAUAUUUAAAUGGAACGAAUCGGUACGAUGGUAAAAUUUCUAUUUUAGGCGUUGGUCGCGGUUGCUCAUCCCAGUUUUUGACAAAUGAUCAGCAUUCACAAAUAAUUCUUGGAUCGCAUUCUAAAAUUUCGCCUAUCAGAAACUACUUAUCAGUUAAUUUCGAUAUGUUCGAUAUCAGCGAACAUUGGUGCUUUUGCAUAAAUGACGCUUGUAACACUCAUAAAUGUUUCGAAAAUUACUCAAACUACUUAGGAAGUCCUUUAAAACGGCGACAGCACUUUUUUGAUUCAUAUUGGUUAAACAAAUCGACUUCGGAAAGUUAUUUAUUAUUCUUAAUUAUUAGCUUAAUUACAUUCAUCUGUUUUUAA